GUCCCUUUUGGCCAUCAUCCCCAUCUCUUGCCAUUUUCUCCAUUUGGAUCACUUUACAGUGAUGAAGAGCAGGAACCUGAGGAUGUGUUGAUGUUCCUCUCAAUCUCACCGGAUGUAGAUAACCCCGACGGAGAACUUUCUGGUGGCGAAGAGGCCCCUGGAAACGCUGGUGAUGCCAAUGCUGUAAAUACCGGUAUGGCCAACGGCAUCUGUGCCGAAAGCUCAGGGAAUGGUCCGAAUGCAACCAAGAUUUCUAAGCGGACUGGAUCCCCCGGGUCGAUAGGUGGGUCUGCUAGAUCUCGCGCCUCAUUCAGCAUUGAUCUCCCCGGAGUCCAAACAGAUGAGAGUGACAGAAUAUAA